UAAACAUAAAUGUUAAAUAGUGCCCCAUCGUUCUCCGGGAGGACCUGAUUAGCUAAUCGUGGUGUUAAUUCAUCGAGGCGGCUUGAAUUGGAUCAAAAUGUUGGAAAUGGAAUUGGUUCUGUGCAAAGUAAGGAAAUGGCUAAAGAUUUCGGAAAUUCUGAGCCGCAAAUUGAGCAAUUCAGAGAUUUUUAGGAGAAUUAUAAGGUGUCUGAGGAGAAGAAUAUUGAGGAUUCUGGUCAGCCUCAGGCGGCGAAGAAGGAAGAUGUGUUCACUUUAAAUGCAAAGUAAGGAAGCCGAGGAUCCGGCAUUGAGUGCUAUGGCAGGAUGGAAGGCCGCGAUUACUACUGGUGGCGGCGGCAAUGUGGAGGUUACCAGUGGCUCAAUUAGUGAAGGGAUUUUGGAUUUUGAUCUAGAGUCGGAUGGGUCACUGAGCUUUUACAUGCUUGAUGCUUAUGAAGAGUCCUAAUAUGGGCACCAUAUAUCUAUUUGGGAAGGUUAAAGUAGGGUGUUCACAUCAGAGUUGUUGUGUGGUUGUAAAGAGCAUGCAAAGAUGUGUUAAUGCAAUUCCGAACAAUCCUCUACUUCCAACUGGCGAAAUGAUGAAGCUUGAAAAGGAUGCCGAAGAGUCAAGGAUUUCACCCACAGAUUUUCGAAAGAAGCUGCAUGCAGGACGUGGCUUCAGAAUUAAAGAAUGAAAUAGCCAAGAUGAGUCUCAAUGUAUCUGGUUUUAGCAUGGCACCUGUCAAGAGGAACUAUGCUUUUGAGCGAUCUGACAUACCUAUAGGGGAAAAUUAUGUGCUGAAGAUCAAUUAUCCAUUCCGGUAUCCCCCACUAUCAGCCGAUCUAAAAGGAGAAACUUUUUCUGCUCUUCUUGGAACUCAUAGCAGCGCGUUGGAACUUUUCCUUGUUAAAAGGAAGAUAAAAUGACCUUCUUGGCUGUCAGUUUCAAAUUUUUCCGUCUGCCUAGCUCCCCAAAGGGUAAGCUGGUGCAAAUUCGAGGUGAAUAUUAAUGCUCCGAAAGAUAUAAAGACAUCAGCUAAAACUGCAGAUAUCCCCAGUGGUUGUUACUGCAAUAAAUUUGAAAACUAUAAUCAAUGAGAAGCAGAAUUCUAAUGAAAUUGUCUCUGCAUCUGUUGUCAGCUGUAACAAGGCCAAGGUUAGACCUAAAAUAUUUUACCGUCUUUUGUUUUGGCGGACUUGUUGGAAUUAACAAGU